UUUGAAUUUGAAUUUGUUUACAGUUACUGUACAGUACAGUUACAAAACAGAUUGCAGACAGGCCGAUCCAAGCAAAUGUUUUGAUUGUAAUAAGCCAUUGAGUGGCAUGAUCACACAGUUCAAAUGUGCCUAACUACGAAGAUGUCAUUUGCUUGUGCUAGUGUAACCAAAGGAUACUAACCACAUAUAUUUGUUGGAAAGCUUAACUUUCUGUGUGUUUGGAUACAGACAACCUAUCAAAUGGAGGCUGUGGUUGCUGCUGUACGCUGUCGACCUAUGACAACAGCCGAAGAGUUGAGUGGGCAAAACCAUGCAAUCACCAUCACACCUGACUCAAAACAAGUGAUUGUUUCCAAUGAACGAGCAUUCACACUUAAUCAUGUCUAUUCUGGAGAAGCAACGCAAAACCAUAUUUUUGAAGAAUUGGUGGAGCCAGUUAUUAACAAAGUAAUGCUGGGCUUCAACGCCUGUGUUAUGGCGUACGGACAGACUGGCAGUGGAAAAACAUUCACCAUGGGGACAGAAGUUAAGGCUGCCAGUGCAGGUGUUGUCCACAAUGCUCUCCAAAAAAUUUUUGUCAGCAGCACAGAUUUUGAGGUACACGUAAGCUUUCUUGAAAUUUAUAAAGAAGAAGUCUUAGACCUGUUAUCCUCAGGGAAGAGGAAACUGCCUGUCAUUGAUUUCAAACCCAAAGGACUAAGCUUAAUCAGUGUCAGGGAUGUGGACAGCGCUUUGGCUGUCAUGGAGAAAGGCCUGGGCAACAGGCAUGUUGGUGCCACCAAUGCCAACUUGCAUAGUUCCCGGUCGCAUGCUGUAUUUACAAUUCACUACACUAAGGAAACAACCGAGGGAAAGUUUACUUCCAAAUUAUACCUGGUUGACUUAGCUGGCUGUGAAUGUGUCUCUGACAUGUCAGGGAACACAAAGAGAGAAGGCUUGAUGAUAAACAAGGGUCUUCUACAGCUGGGCAUUGUAAUGUCUGCAUUGUCGUCCCCCGGCCAAGAUCACAUUCCAUAUCGGAAUUCUGUUCUAACUUCUAUUCUUAAAGAUACUCUUAGUCCUCAGAACUUCCUUGUACUGAUUGCUUGCAUUAGUCCACUUGAGGUUGACACAGCAAUGACAUUAAACUCUCUGCAGUUCGCAAGUAGAGUUGGAAAUAUCAAAUGCAAUCCUGAAGCUGGACAAGUUAUUAAACCACGCCCACCAAUUACAACACCUUUUAAACUACCAGGUAGCUACAAGAAGAGAGUUAAUACAACAAUUGAUACUCCAGGACGUCAAGGCAAACAGCAACGUCCUAUACUUCGUCCUUUAAACAAAACAAUUGACUCCCCGAGGACACCACAUGUGCGAGGAAUGACCAAACAAUUUUGGCCCACAUCAACACCUUUUCAAAACACAGCUAAACCACUUUUUGCUGAGCCUACUCCAAUUCCAAAACGAAAUGAUGCAGCCAAAAGAAGGAGCUCAUCAGAGUGGGAUGCAUUAGACAUCUCUACUUCAACUGUGGUUGAUAAUGCUACCCAAGUAAAGAAUCAAGAAGAGGUGAAUCAAACAAAUAUUGUUCCAAGUUCUGAAAAUGAAACUUGGCUGCGCUCUAUAAUUGCUGACGUAAUUAGAGAAGAACUAAAAUCUCAUAGCACCUUCUUAAGUCAGACACAUAGACAAGAUGGACCUUCGCCUACUAAGAAACCAAGAAGAUCUACCCGAUUGGCCAAUACGCAAGUGGACAAUUCAUCAUUCUUUAACCAUGAAGCAGAUGCAACUAUUGUAUCUUCAUCUCCAAAUCAUACAAACCAUGUUCAACUUCAACCUGACUCCGAUGAUUUCAAGAUUCCAUCUCUGGACUCAAUACGCAGAAGUGUGAGAAUUUCAUUGGUUGGUGCUGGUUUUUCAGAGGCUUCAGAGACAGCUAAACCACCACAGCAAUCACAGCAGUUGGAACAGACAACAGGAAAUAGAAAUGUGUGUUUGGACACUUCUGAGACACGUGUCCCUGUGCGACGUAGCACUAGACUAUCAGUGGUACCACGUCCUGUGUAUACAGAAAGUCCAAAGAUGGAUAAAUCCUUGCUGAAUGCAAGGAAACCAAAAGUUACCAAAAAAGCAGCUCGUAUGAGUACAAGACUAUCCAUAUUACCCAACGCAACCCCUGAAGUGGCUCAGAAAAAUCUGAAUGAUCUGGUUCUUGAUAUUUUAAAAUUAGGUGACUUAAAGAAGCUUCAAUCUUUACCAACGAUUGGUCCAAAAACGGCAGUCGUCAUCAGCAAUCAUAGAUUGCUACAUGGACCUAUCAGAAGUUUCAAAGAUCUUAAAAAUAUUCAGGGUCUUUCUGCAAAUUUUACAAAACGCUUUUUGUGGGCAAACAACAUUGUGCUAGAGGGUGAUGAUGAGGAUGAUGAGUAAUGGUCUUAGGAAUACCAAUUGUGUACAUCAAAAUGCCAUUUCAUUUUAUCACACACGUAUUUAUUGGUAUGCAAUCUCAUGUCAUUUGUGUAACAUUCUACAAAUAAGUUUUGGAAGACAUUAUUUACAUUGUUUAAAGUAUCAUGCAAUGGAAGACAUUGAUUCAAUAUCACGGUUGCUCACAAUUCUAGUGAAAACUGUCGCUUCUUUCAUCACUUCUCUAGAGUGAAAUCAGGACUGUCGUAUUGAAAGUGGCCUCUAAUAAUAUUUUUCAUGAAUGGCACACAAUUAUCCUCUCUUAAUAGAAAUGUAUUUUUACAUCUCUUGUUUUUUGUUUUUAUUUUGAUAACUCUUUAAAUGAGAGGUAAAUCAUUUAUGAGUACGUACUUUUUGCUUGAAGGUGAUGUCUUUUAUUUUAUAAAGCUAUUUUACCUGCCACUUGGGUGGCAUAAAUUCUCAUACCUGAUUUAGUUGCAUGUAUCAAUGCUUAAUAAAUUAUAAUUUUAUGACAAA